UCCCGUGCGGAAGAGGCGGUUUUUCUACAUAUUUGUUAGCUGGGUGUUACUGUAUGUGUGGCGUUUUUUUUCUUUAAUAAUUAUAAUUAUUUUAAUUAGUUGAAAUUUUAUUUGGUUAAAAUGUGCAACGGCUGCGUGCAGAAAGAGUAUCCGGACCGGGGUAACACUUGUCUGGAGAACGGCUCCUACUUGAUGAACUACCUGGCCUGUGCCAACUGCCAUCACAGGGACUUCGUGAUGAUCAGCAACAAGGCCACCGAGGACGAUGAUGGAGAAGAGAUCGUCACAUAUGAUCAUGUUUGUAAAAACUGUGACCACGUCAUCGCCAGGCAUGAAUACACAUUCUCUGUUGUCGAUGAAUAUCAGGAGUAUACUAUGCUCUGCAUGCUGUGUGGAAAGGCGGAGGACUCCAUCAGCGUUUUACCAGACGACCCCAGACAGUCUGCGCCGCUCUUCUAGACCUCAAAAGAAACCUGCGGUUUUUAGGUUUCAUGUGGUGCUGGCUUCUCAUUUAGGGUUCCAACCAUUUUUGUCAUCCACUCAAAGUUUUGUCCUUCUAUAAUUAAGCAUGUCACACAUUUAGUACAGUUCCUGGCUGUUUAUGAACUACCGUAUGCUAAUUGGAGGAGAGCAGAAUAUAUGUAUGCAUAACUUUUAAAGACCUUUCAUUAUGAAAUAAAAACUGUUUGUCAGCUUACCUUAUAUUGUAAAUAAACAUAUUUUUUACUAUAAAGAUUUUUCUUACACUUUCCUGCAUGUUGGAUGACUACGAAUCCAGAACACUUAUCUUACUUUACAUAUAAAAAAUUAGCGUUUAAAUGUUAAGAAAUUUUCACUAAUGGAACUG